UGUGGGUAAUUUUUUAAAACAUUACUUCGGAAGAUUGGUGAAGAAAUUUGCGUUUUUCAUGUCUCUAGUCGGUCGUCAGAAUGAAGAACCAAAUUACUUUCGUCGUGAUUAAUAUUUUUCAAUUUAUUCUGAUCGUUUAUAUGCAAGAAGAAGCACAAACUCCGAAAAUCAUUCAACAAAUUUUGAGUUCGCCUAAAAGAGAAAAUCCUAACCAAAUAAGAGAUAGGACAAGAGACUUUUCGAAACCUGAAAUGCCACCGUCUUGGGGCAGUCGCUACCGUCCAUUAUACAACCCAGCAUGGAUGGACUAUUGUGACCCGUACCAUUGCAACGACUACCACAAGCAAGCCUGUGGGCUCAACAGAAGAAAUAUGAAGUUCAAAUGGUUCCAAAGCUUCUGUCAUUUGAUACUGAAUAACCAAUGCUCCACUUAUCGUGGGACGCUGAAAUACGAUCCAAUACAGACAAAAUAUUGCCAUGCGUACGUGAUGUUCUUGCGUCAGGGAUGCCCUCACGUCAAAGACUGCGCAGACGACCUGGACCCAGUUUGUGCAGUCAGCUCAAAAGACGGCCAUCUUGUCCUAUUCAAGAAUCCAUGCUUCAUGGAAGCUGUUAACUGCCGUAAUUCUACUUUACAAGAAUACGACGCUGUGUACAUGGAUUUUUGUGAUCGUAGCAAAUCUCAGACGAAUAAACGUCAAAUUCAGAUUGACUAGCAAAAAAAGUCAAGAAUGUUUUUACCUAAUUCUAUCUACAGUUGUGUCAAACGAAUUUGAGCUUUAUCGCAGUGCAAUAAGACAUUAUGUAUGCAGUGCCGGCGUUAGGGGGGGAGAGGCGUG